GAUAGCAGCGACAAAUAUGGAUCUAGGCAUUAUAAUAGAACUGCAUCUGCAGCUGUUUUAGCACUUUGCUGCAUAGCCAUGUCCAUUCAAAUAAACUGGCUGUUUCUAUCAUACAAAGGAAAAAGAUUGCAUAUUCGAGAGAAUACAUUUCAUUUUGUACAAGUUUUCGUUCACAUUUGCGGCAUACUCAAAGAAUGCAUAAUAGGCAUUUUUGUGGCCUUGGAUUUUAACGAAUGCAACUUGCCCGGGGCUUUUAUGUGGAGGAAAUAUUUGCCAUUUUGCAGGUUGAGUAUGGCAUACCUUUGUUUGAUUGGAAUCUUUAGGAUGAUGAAAAUUACUCAACCAUAUAGACGGAUUCCCUGGUGGGUAAUUUGUGUCAUGUCAGUCAUAGUAUGGCUAUACUGUGGAAUACUUGUCAUAAUACCAGAUAACAAGGACCUUGUUUGGGUGGACAAUGUUGCUGACACAUGCUGUUUUGGUCUCACGGUAAUUGAACAUUCUAAGAUGAUAUUUUCGUUAAAGAAGAAGAUUUUUACUGUACAUAUUCAGCCUAAUGUCAAUAGCAGACAAAAUAAGCCAAGCAUGCAGACACCAGUUGAUGUAUUCCAAAUAUGUAAACUUCAUAAUACGCAUGGCUGUCAGACAGAAUCAAAUGUACAAGCUGAUACACAAACUCACAUCGUUAAGUUCCAUGUUUGUAAGCCUGAUAACACGCAUGGCCGUCAGACACCGCCAAACAUACCAGAUGAUAUGUUUCAAAUUUGUAAGCUUGAUAACA